GCGGCCCAGACGGUGCUUGAGCGACCUCUUGCAACCGAGACCGGUUUGGAAGAACGCGCCGUGCGUCGGGCGGGAGAACGCGACGCCUGGCAGGGGCCUGCGCCGCGAGCGAGCAAAGUGGAAGCGCGCGCCCCCGGAGCUCUGGGCGGCGCUGGGCGCGGAGAUCGCGGGCGCGCUGCCGGGGGACAAGCUGCUCGUUGACUGGACUGGGGCGGCGCGCCCCAUCUGCGGAUGCAGCGCGCGCGGGGAGUUAGUCGCCCGCCUGCGCGAGGGCGAUUGCCUCCCGGUCCCGCGCCGUCGCAGCGCGAGGCGCGCGCCCCCUGCCCACCUGAACCCAACCUUCAGCGCGCGUUUGGUUUCCGAGAGCCCGCGCAACCAGGCCGUGAUUCAUUUGGCGGAGCUCCCGAGGACCCCCCGCGCGAACGCCCGCGCCAUGUCUGGCGCCAACCACAAGGCAGCGGAUCGGAUCUGGAGCAGCGUUGAGCACGCGCGGAGAAUGCGCGCGGAGGACGCGAAGCCGACCAGCGCACGCAGAGGGCCGAAGGCGUGGGCAGACGUGGAGGCCGACGCGGCGACCUCCGACGAGAUGGAUUUGACUGACGGCCCCGAGCCUCAGGGAGACCCGAUUCACCCCGCCACGCGGGGGCAGCGGUUGGGCGCGGUGCGGCGCGGUGAGCCGCGCGCGCUGCCUCUUACGAGACUGAGCCCCGAAAUGGCGGGGGAUCGGGCGCCUGGCCUUGGGGCCGCGCGCAAGGUAGACUGGAAGCCCCUUGCGGAAAGCUGGUUGGGAAAAAAAAAGAAAAGCGACGUUUUCUUUCGCAGUGAUUCGGCGCGUUCCUACAAAUUACGCGUGCCUGGUGCCAUCCACGACUUCGUUGUCCACCAGCAGAAGUGCAACGUCCUCGGCGCUUUCGUGCUCAACUUUAACAAGCGCGUCACGCAGGCCAGCGUCAAGAAUUUCCAGCUCACGAAUGACGAGGACUCCCCGGACCCGCCCGUCUUCCUGCAGUUUGGACGCGUCGGAAAGGACGUCUUCAACAUGGACUUUCGACAUCCGUUUUCGCCGUAUCAGGCGUUCGCCAUCUGCCUGAGCUCGUUCGACUACAAGCUUUGCUGUGAGUAG